AUGACCGCAGCGCCUCAGGGGCCAGAUCUCAGUUUUUUAAACGAGGAGGAAGCCAGGGCGAUUUUUCAGGUGCUGCAGAGGGACUCGGAGCUCCGGCGGGCUGAGAAGGACAGAGUCAGCAAACUUCUGAAGAGAAAGAAGUCUGAAACAGGGCUGCAGGGAGUGACUGGAGAAUGGUUUGAAGAAAUACAAAGAAAAAAAUUUCAGAAUUACAUUGAUAUCAAUAGAAUGCUAAAACCACCAUUAGAGCAUCACCUAAGGAACAGCAAAAACACCAAUCAUAAAGAAUUAAAAAUGUCAUCCUGCACAAAUCCUCAAGCACAAAAGAACACUUCAGCUUCCUUUCUGGGGUUCAGAUCACCGUUUGCUUGGCUUUUCUCCUUUAGAAAAUCAAGGAAGAACCAGACUCAGAAGCAACCACGAUAUGACAGUUCCGCUAGCCCAUCUUCGAAAGUGGAAGAAAUGGCAACAGCUGAAAUGUGUAAUUCCCCAAUGUCAACUGAAACAAGUGGUCAUUCUUUUGAUGCAAACCAAAAUGAAAUGAUGGAGAAAAGUACACAAGAGUGGAAUGAACAGCUAGAGAAGGAGUUUUUCAGUGUUCUAAAUGAUCUAGAUGACCAGCUGGCCCAGGAACAAGCCCAAGACCCAUUGGACAGGACAGCUUCUACUAGCAGUGCAUCAAAUAUCCAAUACAGUAGUGCAUUCCCUACUUCAAAGAGGCAGGCUGCUAGUAGGGGGCAACACAGAAAUGACUGGAGUGACAUGCCUAGCACAUUUUUCCCAGAUGGACUGAGAACAAUAAGAGCCAAAGAUGAACACAAGAUUUUCAUCAGACCAAGGAAAUUACACAGUGCAUAUAUAAACUGGCACCAGACAGCCUUUCAAGAAGAUUAUAAAUAUGGUGAUCCACUCGAUGGAAAUCCUCAUCUGCUAAGCAGCAGGCCAUCUUCCGUUUCUUUCGGACGGUCUUCAGAAGGUAGCUUAUAUCCUCCUUCCAUAACACAGAACAGUGGAUUUAGGCACAAGAGUUGUAUGAACAGGGAUACCGCUGGCAGAAGUUACUCUGUAUGUUCCCUUCGGAGAUGUCCGUCAUCAGUAUCUUCUGACCAGCUAUCAGCAUCUAGUUUACAACAUCCUUUGGCAAGGGAGAGCAACAAUGGUUUUGUACCAAGGUUUGGUCGACAGAACCCAAAGAGAAUUCCUCUGUCUUCUAUUGUAUGGAACAACACACCAGACUCUCCUGGACAAACAUCAACUCAAGAAAAAAUGUUUAGAACCCAAUCGCUGAUGGAGUUUCAUGCUACAGACCAUGGUAGAUAUCCUAGCUCUUUGCAAGAAACCAAGAAAUAUGCAUGUUACCACUCAAAACACCACUACAGAAGAUCUAUUUCAAGCAAUAAUUGCUUUAGUAGAGUUAGUUGCCCUGACAAAGCUACUUCUCCGUUGCCCUUUGAUAACUGGGAAAAUUAUCCAUUAUACAAAUCGGAAAAUAAUCUCUCUAGAUCCUACUACAGAGAUACUUCUUCUCAUGGCAAGUUGUAUGCAAACCAAAAAAAUUCCCCAUAUGGAAAAAAAGACAGCUAUCCUUGGGCUGAUAUUCCUCAGUACUACAGUGAUGAAGCGUUUAUUUCCCCUGAUGCCAGCUUUGAAGUGAUUAUGGCUAAUUUAAAUGACCAGCAGUGGGCACAUACAAAGAAUGCCAAGUUUGGUUCACAGUGCCUGCAGAACGAUUUUCACAUAUAUUCUCCAGAAAACACAAAUAUGAAAAGGAUAACAAGAAAUCCAAAUAGAACUUUUUCAGAAUUCACCGAGGGCUGUCAGCCUUGGCUAAGUUGUAACUCUUCAGUUUCUUCAUCUAGUAUCAGAACUGAUGAGUCAGUCUUUCCUAAUGCGAAGGACCAAACAAAACCUAUAGGACUGAACAGGAAUUCAGUUGUUGUUACCCAAAGAAAUACUAAGGCAGACUUUACACAACUAGAAAAGGUUGAAGGUAUGAAACUGCCAAGUGAAGACAUGCCGUUACAGUCCGUUUCUCAACAAGCAGAUACAAACUACAUCAACACCCAGAGUUUUCCCUUUAACAGCCCUGUUUCUGCCAUGUUGGAGAGUGAUGCAUCUCUCUUUAACACAAGGAGAUCAAAGAGACAAACCCAAGUCACUGCCAGAGGAGAUAUUGCAAAAGUGUAUACAUCAAAUGGUGAUAAAAGAAAUGUGCAAAUGAAGGAAAACGAUUGCCCACCCAACAGUGUGUUCAGUCAGCCUCCCUGUAUUUUGCCAGCUGAUGAAAGCAGGAAGGAACCUUUUCUUCCAAGUCAGAAAAAAUGGGAACAUGAUCUGCAUUAUGCAGCAAAAAGAGAGAGCAUCAAACAGGAUAAUCGGAGUGCAGAAGCCUUUAACCAAGCUACUCCAAAGAGACAGUCCUCACUGCUGAAUGUUGCUUCUGCUCCAUCCACUGAAAAAUUAGCAAACUGUCAAGCCAUGUUGUCCUGUCCUCCUGAAUGUUCAUGUAGCUCCUCACAAAGCUCUCCACAAGCACUUUCUCAUAAAGACAAUUCUAAAUGUGGAAAAACAGCUCAAGUGAGCGGAAUAAGUGUUACCAAAAAGAUUUCACAGAAAACACUGCAAAAUACAAGCACUUUAGUUACUAAGGACUGUAAUGGACAAUUCACUACUAGUUCUCCACAAAAUGGAAAUUCUGGAAAUAUUUAUAUGGAUAGCUUUGAUGGAGACCCCAAGACCUCUGAACAUAGUUUAAGUUAUUUUUGCCUUGAAAAAGAAAGUGGGAAAAUAAGGAGUAAUUCAUCUUGUAUUGAAAGGCUUCAUAAGCAAGACAGCUUGGUGAGACAUACCAGUAGCUGCAGCAUUACUGGCUCCCCUAGCAGAAACAGCCUCGAAUCUCCUGACCCACUUGUUAUUUAUUACACUUUGCCUAGAAAAUCAGCUAGCAUUGCUGGUAGUAUUAUGUCAGAUACGCCCAUCUCUUUACCUAGAGAAAGUAGAACAACAUAUGAGUGUUUAAGGUCUGCAGCUCCAUGUAGAGCUGAUGCCUUUUGUUCUAAUCAAAGAGAUGUGUCUUGUUUAGACUCAAAACAUUCCUUUUUAACAUCAGCAUCAUUAAAUGCUGCUACAAGUAACAAAGAAAAAGAUUACCCCAGUCCUUUAACCAAAAGUCCUAAUGAUUCAGUAAGUAGUAGUACAUCAGUUGAACUGACAGACAGAUGUAAACAUCUAAGCAGAAGAGAAUCCUGUGUGUUUUCAGAUUGUAAGGAGAGGGGAAAUUUUUUGCAGAAAUAUAAAACUACAAGUACAUUUACAGUUUGUGUUGAUGAAGAUCAUGUCAAGUAUCAUGAACUAGUUUCAAUUUAUUAUACGUUACCACGGAGGCAUUCAAGAACGUUUUGUAACCUCUUUAGAGAUAAUCCAGAGGAUGCAGAUUUACCUUGUCCCGAAGAAAACACUCAGUCACCAAGAAUACGAAACAAGAAAAACGAAGGUCAUGUGAGUUCAGCAAAUGUUUUUUCCCCCAGUACUUUGGAAAAAGAGGUGCCUUCAUAUUCUUCUGACCAAGUAUCUUCAGCUCUGGUCACGCCUCACAACUUAGGAACUGCUGUUUACAGUGAAGAAGGGAAUUCCCACUUACCUCCUAGCUCUGAGAAGAUAUGUACUUCAAAGUCAAUGAGUAUGGUACCUCAGAACAAGAAAGAUAGUUCAGCAGAUCUUUCAUUAGCAGAAAAUGUGCUUUCUGACAUGGUGACAAAAGAAAUUUCUUUUGGUGGUCCACAAUCCACUGCAAUAGUGGCUAAGUCAGGUAAGGCCAUUUCUGAUGCUUCAAGCAGCCAAAAUACAGAAAAAUGUCUAAAAGAAAAGAAGGAAAUUUUACAGAGCGCCACACCGCUAACGUCCACUUUAUCAACCCCUCCCAAGCCAAGCAGACGUUUAAAGAAUCCUUUGUAUUCUACUUCAACAAAUAAAAAUAUUAUACAGAAGGGAAACUCUGAAAACUGCUGUCAGCCCCCUAAAGUGAACACCAAUAAAAAUCUGAACAGCUUACUCCUCCACCCGGGAGAGAAGAGUUCCCUUGGAAGUAACAGUAACACAGAGUGUGCUGACGUGCCACGUCCUCCUGCGGAAGACACUUACAGGGAUAGUACCAAAGGCAAACAGAGAGUAAACUUCCUACACCAAACGACCCCUCUGUAUAAUAAUAAAUGUAGUGGGCUGCAAUUAAGGGCUGACAGUUCCAGAAAAGAUGCAAAUGAUUUAAACUCUUGUAGCAAAGUGCUUUCAAAGUCUCAGAACAAAGCAUCUGAGGUAAGCACAGCGUCCAGUGCUGAUCCACUACUGCAGCUAGACAAAGUGGUUAGCACAGAUACAGAUGAAUUAAAGAAUUCAAAAAUUAAAAAAGAGCAAAACUCACAGAGUACUCAGAUGGGUAAAGAUUAUAGUGGUUUGCAGGAAUCAGAGAGGCACAGUGAAGGCAGCCUGAACAUUAACUGUAAAGAUAAAGUCCUCAGGGUUACACAAGAUCAGAAGAUAACACAUAGUGCAGAAGAUGAGAACAAGCUUCUCUCUGACUGCACAAGAGACAAAGUCAAAGAUAUAGAAAAAAGGAAAAACAGACCUUCAAUUAAAAAUAAACUGGCAGCUGUCUACAAAACAAGUCGAAAAUUUUCAAGUAAAAAUUUACCCCCCAAACCGCACAUAAGUAACAUUUUUUCACAGAACGAUGGAAGUACCACUUCUUUAGAGGUCAACAUUGAAUCAUUGAUUUCAACUGAUUCCCAUCAGCCAUUCCUGCAGUCGGACAAUGAAAAUCAGAAUCACAAUCUGGACCCUGAUAAGAAUACGCCAAGACCAAGAACAGCUGAGAAUCAGAAGACUGAAAAUCAGAAUGAUCCUUCUUUGCUUGUUAAUAACACCAAUUGGAGGUCUUUUACAAGCUCAUACACCCAGAAGGAAGCCAUCAGUCCCAAAAAAACUACAGUGAAAGUGGAAAAUAGGCCAAGUCUUACAACCCUAUUUCCAGAUAAAGCAGUAACCACAAGAAAUAAGAAUUCCCAAACACUUGAUCUCAGGUUAGAAAGCAAAAGCCAGCCCAUCUCUUCCACUGCUACUACAUCAGACCCACUGGAUGAUGAGGGAAGAGCUAGCAGUCGUGCCUGCAGUCCUCCCUUGCCACUUCUAACUGACAAAAACUCAAACACAUACGUAAAUAGCUGCUUGCGGGCAGACAUAUGUCCAGAGCAAAACUUGACUUCCCAGACAGUGCUGGGUCAGUGUCAAAAUACCUCUCAGUCUGCUAGCUUAAAAAAUGCUAACUUGCAUAGCUAUCAGUUGCACAAGAGUCAUGCCAAAAGUCAGCGUGAGCGUCACCUUUCUGAGAGUAUUUGUGCUCAAGAUUCCCAUGAGACCUUUGCCUCGGGAAGCAAUAUUCUACUGAAAGAUGGUAUACAUGGGAAGAGAUUUAAAUCUUACUCGGAGCUGUUGUCUUGUGAUGAAAACGAAAACUGGGCAUCGGACGAUGAAAAAUGUUACAGCACUAGAAAUUUGAUGUAUCCUUCUGUUGAAUUUGGUAUAUUUGGCAAAGAACAACAGUUGGCUUUCCUGGAAAAUAUCAAGAGGUCACUCACAGAAGGGCGAUUAUGGAGACCCUGUCUUCUUAAUAACCCUGGUGCUCUCCGAGAUGGAGAGACCCCUUCUAUAAACAGGGCUGAGCUUUUGAGCUCAAGUUCUUCUGGGAGCAAAAUGUCAUCGGCUGCUUCAUCCCCGCGAGAGCCGACUGAUAUCUAUCGUGAAGACCCAGCAGCUUAUUCGGACUCAGACAGUGAUACCACCACUGAUGAUGAAUACUACCUAGAUGAGAUAGAUAAAGAAUCGGAGCUAUGA